ACAAUUUAUUCGGAGCUCAUUCGUUCAAAAAUCGAUUAAACGUUAUGAAGUUGAAAUUCAUUCGACCUAAAUAAAUUUCAGUGCUAAUUAGGCAAAACCUGGAUAUUUAUUUCCUCUAAUUAUUUUACGACAGAAGGGUCGAUUAAAAGUUCUUCCUUUUGCACAAUGGAGGCUUCCGCUUAAAGUAUAAAUCAUUGGAAUUUGUUAGCAGUCGAAGUUCUUCGUUGUGCAGCAUCAGACUUUAAUGCCGAGAUUUACGAGUCCUAAGGGAGGGGAUGACGUGUCCAGUCCUCACCUCUAUGUGGCUAACUGUGGGCCUGCAGUCGGAGUCUCACAUGAAACUAUUGCAUCUGUUUUUGGUAUGUACGGAGAAGUCGAGGGUGUCUACGCUGCUGAUGAAAGUGGGACGCGUGUGAUUGUCUCCUAUCAUGAUAAGAGCAGUUCACAGGCUGCCAUGAAAGAGUUGAAUAGACAUCCGUGCCCUAGUCUUGGAGGUCGUACCUUGCACAUUCAGUAUUCUGUGCAAUCACUUGGUAAGGUAAACAACAUUGCUUCAGUUCCAGUUUCUACAUCAGCAUCGGAUUUGGACAUUCCCGGACUUCACUUAAUGCACGACUUUGUCACUCCUCAGGAAGAGCAAGAAUUGCUUGCAGCUGUGGAUGAUAGGCCAUGGCAUCAUCUAGCCAAAAGAAGAGUUCAACACUACGGAUAUGAGUUUUGCUAUGAAAUUAGGAAUGUUAAUACUAACCAAUACCUGGGUCAGCUCCCAUCCUUCAUGUCUCCUGUACUCCAAAGGAUCAGAUCAUUUCAAGCACUUGGUCGAGCUGCAGAUAUGUCCCUAGAUCAACUAACGGUUAAUGAGUACCCUCCCGGAGUUGGUUUGUCCCCACACGUAGACACUCAUUCUGCGUUUGAAGAAUUGAUUUUCAGCCUCUCACUAGCUGGGCCGUGCAUCAUGGAAUUUAGAAAGUAUACAACCGGCGUGUGGCAGGGAAAUUCGACCGAUCUGGAGAAUCAGAUACCUGGCAAGAACUUAAAUUUUGUAAAGAAGGCUAUCUAUCUUCCACCUCGGUCACUGUUGUUGAUGUCUGGAGAGGCUCGAUAUGCGUGGCAUCAUUACAUUCCACAUCACAAGGUGGACCAAGUGAAUGACAGUUUGAUCCGCCGGAGUGCAAGAAGAGUGUCUUUUACAUUGCGCAAGGUCAGGCAAGGCCCCUGCCGAUGUGAAUUCCCUCAGUUCUGUGAUUCGCAAAAAUAGUCCCAUUUGAAGUGGAAUCUUGAAAAUUUUGUACCCUCAAAUUAUGAUUAAGAUCAGUGUUUAUUGUCUACAUUAUUCAACUGCAAUCAGUUGUUCCAUUGCUUUCAGUUUUGCAAUUCACAUCUUUAUUUCUUGGCU